CUAAAGGUGAAAAUUAACAGAGAAAGAGAGACAGAAUAGAGGAGAUCUAGAUAAGAGGAAGAUAAGGUCUAUGACAUGGAAGCUGCUUUCAGAAAAUCUAUUAAUGGAGGUUUAAUCAAAGAGGAGAAGAGGAACAAAUUAGCUGAUCAAUCCAGUUCUGAUGAGGAAGGUUUUAUUGAAGACAGUAAUGUUCUUAAGGUCGGGAAGGAAAGUGAAGUCCGUGAGGACGAUAAUUCGAAGUCUCAGCAAAAGGAUAUCGGCAGUGACAAGGAGGACGAUCAGCUACAAUCAGUCAAAGCUAAUAUGAAAGAGGUAAUGAAAGAAAAUCUGAGGCUGAAAAUGCACUUGGAUCGAAUUAUGAAGGAUUAUCGUAACCUUCAGCUGCAAUUUCACAACAUUGUUCAAAGAGAUGCUGAAAAAUCCAACAUUAGUAUUAUUAAUACUCGGCAUGCUGAAUGUAAUGAAGCUGAAUUUGUCUCCCUUAGCUUAGGAAGAACUUCAAGCGACACUAAAAAGGAAGAGUUAUCCAAAAUCUUAAGCAAAGAAAAGGCAGAGGAAGAAGACAAUAAAGGAGGCCUAACCCUAGGACUGGAUUGCAAGUUUGAUUUGUCCGUGAAAACAACACCGACAGAAUUUUCAACUGCAAAUCUCAGUGAAGAGAAUAGCUCAGAGGAAGUUAAGGACGAAAAAGGAGAAACAUGGCCACCCCAUAAAAUUCUCAAGACAAUGAGAAAUGGAGAAGAUGAACUAAACCCUUCUAAAAGAGCAAAGGUUUCUGUUAGAGUCAGAUGUGAUGCCCCGACGAUGAAUGAUGGAUGCCAAUGGAGAAAAUAUGGACAAAAAAUUGCAAAAGGAAAUCCGUGUCCUCGAGCUUACUAUCGUUGCACAGUAGCACCCUCCUGCCCAGUGAGAAAGCAGGUUCAAAGAUGCAUUGAGGAUAUGUCAAUCUUGAUCACUACAUAUGAAGGAACACACAAUCAUCCACUUUCUCUUUCAGCAACAUCUAUGGCUUUCACAACUUCAGCAGCUGCUUCUAUGCUAUUAUCUGGUUCAUCGUCCACCUCUGAAUCAGGCCCCAAUCCACCAGCAACUGACACCACCAAUAUCAAUGGACUCAACUUCUAUCUCUCCGAUAGCUCAAAACCAAAACCAUUUUACCUUCAAAAUUCGUCCAUCUCUUCUUCAUCCUCGCCCCCCACAAUCACUCUUGAUUUAACCUCAAGCUCAUCCACUUCCUUAUUGCCCCAGUACAAUAACAGAUCAAUGAGUAGUAAUUAUCUCCCCAGAUAUAAUUCUUCUACAAAUAUUCUCAACUUUAGUUCCUUGGAAUCUAAUCCUCUUCUUCCCAUGUCUUGGAGUAAUGGGGCCAACAACAAGAACCAAGAAAUUAGUUCUCUCAGCUUUGCAAAACGGCCACAAGAAAAUAUUUUCCAAUCUUAUCUACAAAACAAUACUAGUGCAAAGCCUACACAAACUUUAUUAUCACAAGAUACUAUUGCAGCUGCAACAAAAGCAAUAACAUCCGACCCAAAUUUUCAAUCUGCAUUGGCUGUUGCUCUUACAUCUAUCAUUGGCUCAGGUGGCCGAAAUCAUGCAGGUGGUAUUGAAGAAAAAUCUGGUCAAAAUUUGAAGGUUACCGAACCAUUUCCAGUUCUUUGCAGCUUCCCAUCUACCUCAAAGAAAUAAUAUAUCCAAUUAAUUGCUGUUCAAAUUUAUCUGAAUAAAAUCGACUUCAACGGCAAAUAGAUAUAUAGCCCGAUAAUAACUCUGAUUCGUUUUACUUGCUUUACAUUCUAUAGAUUUUAGCUUGCUGAAGUAAGAAACUAGCUAGUUGUGACAUUACUUGAUCUGGUGUAAUAUUGUUUUUUAUAAUUUGGAGGUACGAUGUCCAAAGUGUAGAUAUUUUAGUUUCAUAAAAUUAAUUGACACUUCGCUUACUGAAGUCAUUA